CUGCGCUCAUUUGUGUUUUUGAUUUCGCGGAGGCAAGGUCUCGGACUCUUUCGUGUAUAUUAAUGUUGCGUUUAAUUAAUUUGCGCGCUUUAUUUUCGGUUGAUUUUUUUUCGUUAUUUAUAUUAUUUGAGAAUGCCUGCUGCACCUAAUCAGACUUAACCCAUGCGUUCGAUCAGUCUUGUGGACUUGGUGGAACAAAUUCGAUGUAUUCCCUGGAUAUUUUACAGACACCGGAUAUGGAUGCUUCGCCGAUUAGUGCUGACAGCAAUGCAUAUUUCCGAUCUGCUUGGACUUCGUACUCCUCGAGGUACUUCGUUGGUUAACCCAAGUUGUCAAUUAGCUCCCUCGAUUAUGAAUUUGACCGGAGAUCAGCGUUUCCCGACGAACGUUGAGAAUUCAGUUUUGGAAUCGUCCAUUAUGAGUAUUUCCGAUAAACCAGACAGGAAAGGAUACUUACACGAGAGAUGUGGCCAUAGUCCUAAAACUGCUUGGCCUCUGACGGAACAAGGAAUUGCGAAUGUUCAGAAUUUGCACGUAAUCAGAUGUAUGUCUGGAAUGACGAACGCUCAAUUGAUGCAGACUUACGAGUUCAUAAGUAGGAUUUUACAGACUAACGAUGCGCUUGAAAUGGAAGCCAGAUGCCAUCGUACCGCCGCCGUUUCAGGCCAUGCUGAAGCUCAAUUUACGUGGUGUGGUACAUUGCCGAAUCGUUCGUGUAUGGGACCUUAUUCAAGUAAAGUAUUUCUCGGUGGCUUACCUUGGGAUAUAUGUAACGGAGGAAAUGCUGAUUUGUUCGUUUCGUCAAUUCGGUAACGUUAAAGUAGAAUGGCCCGGAAAAGAACAGGCUAUCGCUCAGCCUAAAGGAUACGCUUAUAUUAUUUUUGAGAACGAGAUGCAAGUAAAAUUGCUGUUAGAAUCCUGUCGCGAAGGAAUAGACGAAAACGAAGGUAGUUUUUACUACAAGAUACCAUAGCUAUACGACGUAUACGUGUAUACGUAGAUAUGGUACGUACGUACGUACGUAAAAGCUUACGCGUUGGGCCCGGCGCGCUACGAUCGAUAGUAAUAGGCAAAAAGAUUUGCGCAAAUGCGGGCUGCCGCGCCCCAUCUGUCGAAAAAACAUAGGACCAAAUAGUCGCCGCCAAUGAGAGCCACCACUCCCAGUUGUGAAUUCGGA